AUGGGAAGGGUAUUUGUGGUGGAUCUUGAAGGCAGGACGUACAAAUGCAAAUUCUGUAAAACCCCUUUAGCUCUUGCCGAUGAACUUGUCUCCAGGGAAUUUCACUGCCGCGGGGGAAAGGCAUACCUCUUUAACAAUGCAGCAAACAUCACAGUAGGAACUCUAGAGGAGAGGUCAAUGCUUUCUGGAAUGCAUACUGUAGCCGAUAUAUUUUGCUGCUGUUGUGGGCAAAUAGUUGGCUGGAAAUAUGAGGCGGCGCACGAGAUGCGCCAGAAAUAUAAAGAAGGAAAAUUUGUUCUUGAAAGAGGAAGGAUCGUUGAUGGAUUCGAGUCUGAAUUCUAUAUCGAUACUCAUCCAAAUAUGAGUGAUGCGGAAGAUGCAUAG